CAGGGCUCCGCGCACACAUCAUACAAUGUCCGAGCACGGGCAAUAGCAGUAACUCCGUGCUAUCCGCGGUUAUAGCGCAUAAAGUCAGGGCCCAAGCUAUAGCAGAACCUCCGGGCUAUCCGCACAUACAGCGCAUGAAGCUGGAGCGCAAGCAAUAGCAAGACAUCCGAAUCCAUCCGCCCAACGCGCCAUAUAAGGCCAGUUAGGCGGUGUUUGUCGAGCGUGCCAUCCUCCUUCUCCCUGUCAGGCGGCAGCGUCAGCAGCAACGGUCAUGGCAUCCAGCAAACCAAGCAUAGCUAUUGUUGGGGGAGGAAUUUCCGGCGUCGUCUUAACUAUUGCGCUGAUACGGCGCGGCAUCGAUGUCCAGCUGUAUGAACAAGCCCAUGCCUUCGGUGAGAUCGGCGCUGGAGUCGCCUUCGGCCCAAACUCUGUGCGGGCAAUGGGAGCAUGCUCUCCCGACAUCACGGAAGCGUUCAAUAAGGUGGCGACGCACAACCAGUCACCUGACAAGAAAUAUGUGUGGUUUGACUUCCAGGAUGGCUUCGACAAGAACGCUCCCGUAGGCAAGGAGAAAUUGCUGUUCUCCUUGACCAACGAUUACGGCGCCAACGCGGUGCAUCGGGCACAUUUCUUGGACGAGCUAAUUAAACUGGUACCGGAUGGCAUAACACAUUUCAACAAGCAUCUUGACACCCUCGAGCAGCCUGAUGGUGAUGGCAAGGUGAAGUUGAAGUUUCAUGAUGGCACUGAAGCAGAGGCAGAUGCUGUGAUUGGCUGUGAUGGCAUCAAGUCUCGGACCAGAGCAUGGAUGCUUGGAGAGGACCACCCCGGCGCUGCCCCAGUGUACUCGUUCAAGUACGCUUACCGUGGACUUAUCCCUAUGCAACGAGCAGUGGAUGCGCUUGGCGAGGACAAUGCGGGAAACAGCAAGAUGCAUCUUGGUCAGGACGGGCACGUCUUGACCUUCCCGGUCGACGGAGGAAAUACCAUGAAUGUGGUAGCGUUCCACACAACCCGCGAGCAAUGGCCAGAUGUAAAGCAUCUGACAAUGCCCAGUAAGAAGGAGCACGUCUACGAAGACUUCAAGGAUUUCGGACCUACAGUGCAGAAGAUUAUUGACAUGCUCGAGCCUAACCUGGAUUGCUGGGCUAUCUUCGAUACCGCCGAGCACCCCAUGCCGGCAUACAACAAGGGCCGAGUGUGUUGUUUGGGCGACGCCGCCCAUGCAACCACCCCACAUCAUGGCGCAGGCGCAGGAAUCUGUAUCGAAGACGCGGCUGUAAUGGCUGAGCUUUUGGCGGACCCGGCUGUCGCAGCGGCAGGCCAUAAGGGUUUCCGGGCCGCAUUCCAGGCCUUUAGCGAUUGUAGGAAGGAGCGGACACAAUGGCUCGUGCAGAGUAGUCGGAAAGACGGCGAUGUCUACGAGUGGCGUGCGGAGGGCGUGGGAAGAGACGUCGACAAGAUUUAUGCUGAGUGCAAGGCUAGCAACGACGAGAUUUGGAAUGGCCAGAUUGACGAAAUGAUUGCAGACGGAAGGCAGAGUCUUGUGACGCUGUUGCAUGCGUAAGUGUCUGAGAUCUUGACCACCACUUUGCCUCGUGCUUUGCCCGUGUUCAGUCUCUCGAAUGCUCUCUUGGCGUCAUCGAAGGGGAAGACGCUGUCGAUAUAUAUCUCAUCCGGCGAGAGAGUGCUUUUGGCUUGUUCAAGCCACUCCCUCUUCAUGUCAAGGAUGAUCACAUCGUAGCUCUCUCCCAAGCCAAACUGGCCACGUCCCCAUCUUAUCC